CUCGAUGACGCCCAGAAAGAAGCUGGAGGGUCUGGUGGCUGCCACAGUCACCCCAAUGACUCCUGAUGGACAAAUCAACCUUUCAGUGAUUCACCAGUAUGUGGAUUACCUGGUGUUAAGCCUCAGAUACGUGGUUCCACUUCAUGACAGAAUCACCAAAUUUCAGUUCAGACUUUUUCCUUGUAGUGAAGGAGUGACUGUUCCCUUGCUGAGUAUCCUUUCAUGCACUUGACAUUUUGCUGGGUGAAAGAGGUAGCAGCUGUUGGGGAGGACAUGGGACAGUUUCAGCAGCUGGCUUUGUCUCCUUCCUCGUACAACUGCUGAUGCUGAAGCAUGCUUUAGACACAAGCAUUUAGCGAUGGCAACACUUUAAACUCCUUGCAGAUGCUCGUGCAGACUGAUGUUGUCUUAAAAUGGAUUGAGGGAAAUAUAAUUCUGCUUAAUAUCAUCAGAAUUGUCAGUACUUUUCUUCAGCAUAACCAAUGUAUUGGGCCAGAUCUCAACAGCUAUGUUGUGUUGUAACAGUGAAUGGCACCACAGGAGAAGGCCUGUCCCUUAGCAUCCAGGAGAGGAAGCAGUUGGCAGAAGAAUGGAUGUGCCAAGGGAAAGACAAGCUGGAUCAUGUGAUAAUUCACGUGGGAGCUUUAAGUCUACUGGAGUCCCAAGAACUGGCCAGACAUGCAGCAGCCAUAGGUGCUAGUGGCAUUGCAGUAAUAGCUCCCUCCUUCUUCAAACCCACAAACAAAGAUGAACUCCUUGGUUUCUUACAGAAAGUUGCAUCCGAAGCCCCUGCAGUUCCAUUUUAUUACUACCACAUUCCAGCUCUGACGGGUGUAAAGAUUCGUGUUGAGGAGUUGCUGGAUGGAAUAAGAGAGCAGAUCCCCACCUUCCAGGGUGUGAAGUUCAGCGACACAGACCUCUUGGACCUUGCACAGUGUAUAAACAAGAAUGAGAGAGAACAGUUCAUGUUCCUCUAUGGAGUAGAUGAGCAACUGUUGAGUGCACUGGCAAUAGGGGCAAAUGGAGCAGUUGGAAGUACCUACAACUACCUAGGUAGGAAAACCAAUCUGAUGCUGCAAGCUUUUGCAAAGCCAGACCUUGCAUUAGCACGGAAGUACCAGUUUCUCACGGGGGAAUUUCUCAGUUUUGUCAUCAAACUAGGUUUUGGGGUUGCACAGACAAAAGCUGUAAUGACUUUUGUUUCUGGCAUCCCCAUGGGACCUCCACGGCUUCCGCUUGUUAGUGCCUCUGAGGAAUUCAUUGCCAAGGCCAAAGCAAAGCUGGAGAGCAUUGUGUGGCCCGAUGGUGACUGACUUCACUCCCACGUCGGUGUGCAGGGGCUCCUUUUCUGGGAUUUGCUGUCACUUGGCAUGCUCCUCAUGCAGUGCCCUGGUUUGACUGGGAUCUCCUUCAGGAAAAUGAAAGUAAUCGGUGUGGAAGGGCUGGCACACAUGUAGCCAGCCACCUGCUCUUUAACUUCUCUCUGCUCCUCUGGAGCUCUGCACUGCCCGGCACUGGCUGCUAUCAUUAAACAAACAAAUGAAAAAAAAGACAAAAACAAACAAACAAAAAAACCUGGUUUGUUCCAGCAGAGGGAUCCUGACCUCCUUUUGUCUAGAAAGAAAGGUCUGUCUGCACUGCCCCAAACAGGAGGGGAAUCAACUUUUUACAAGGGUAGGCAGUGAUAGGACAAGUGAUAGUGAUAGGACCCUUUAACCUCAAGGAGGGUAAGUUUAGACUGGAUGUCAGGAGGAAGCUCUUCACAGGGAGAGUGGUGAGGUGCUGGAACAGCCUGCUCAGAGAGCUCUGGAUGCUCUGUUCUUGGGGGUGUUCAGGACCAGGUUGGAUAGGACCCUGGGCAGCAUCUGGUCUGCUACCAGAUCUGGAGGUUGGUGGGCCUGUCUGUGGCAGGGGGGUUGGAAUUUGGUGAUCCUUUGUGUUCCUUCCAACCCAAGCCAUUCUAGGACUCUGUUUUAUCUCUCCCUGAGCGUCUCAAGCCCUGGGGUGUCACUGCUGUACCACAGCCUGCUCAGGCUGGUGUUCUGCUGUUUCUCACCAAGUCAUUUGUACGUUGGUUGUGUCAAAUCACUGUUUACCUCCUCUCAUUGUCUUCGCACAUCUUCACUUCCUGCAAAAUUUAAAACAGAAGAACCUAAACCAACCCUUUUCUAAAAUCUGUUGACUCUCCAAUGAGUCAUGGUCCUGCAGCCGUUUCCUUGUAGCCCAAAUGUUUGGCACAUCUAUGACCCCUCACGACACAGCCCUGCCAUGGGAUAGGUGCUCUCCUGUGGUGGUAGAGCCUUCCCUGACCACUGCCCAGCUCCAUUCUGCACCCUGGGUGGGAGGGUUCACUGUGGGUUGGCUGCUGGGCAGGGGGGCAGCUGAUGUUGUGGGCCCUGGAGAGAAGUGAGCUCGAUGUGUUGGGUGGGAGGGCGGUCCCUUUGGGGCUUUGUGACAAGACCCUCAGGUGGGGACCUGGGGUAAUCCAGUGCAGGCAUCUGGGAGCUCUAAGGGUGAGUGAGAAGUGAGCUAAACCACUUUGUCAGGCAUGAAGCAGCCUGUUAAAGGCUGCUGCUGUGAAACUGGGUCAUAAAGAACUACAGACGUCUGUUGAACUUAUGCUGAAAUGUAUUAAAUUCCACUGGGUUGGCAUCUGCUCUGUGCGCUGCUGGGCUGAUCCUGGCUCCUGGGGUCCUGCACGUGCUGCUGGGGAGCCAGGCUUUGCUGCUCUACAGGCAGAAUAGCAGAGCUGCUGCACUGAAGCAUCAGCUCUGUUGACGAAGCUGCUUGUUGCUAACUGUAAUGACGUGGAGCAGCAGCAGAGGACGCACGAGCUCGCUCCUGACCUUGUCUGAGGGUUUGAGAUGGAGGAUGUGGGGAGUGAAGCUGUGCGGUUUGCUGCUGCCUUUUGGUAGAAUCCCUGCCUACGCCUCUUCGUGUUGCUCAGUGAGGUUUUGCAGUACAAUCCUACUCUCUGAGAACGAACUGCAGCGUUUCCUUUCAUAGAUACGAAGGAUUUUCUGGCCACAACUUAUACAUGAAAAACCUAUGGGAACGUGCAUCUAUCUGUCUGCAUAGCUAUAUAUAUACACAGUGGUAUGUGGUAAUGUUUGGUAAUGUUCUCUGGUACUUUUAGCAACUUAAAUUUAGCACUUGUAUAUUACUUAUUGGUUUUCAAGGCAAUCUACCCUGCACCCACAGCAGAUCAGCAGUUCUGUUUGCAGCUCUGGGUGAAAGGCUUGAACGACAUUGCCAGGACAAUUCCACCAGCAAGAGAGAUGUGCAGAACAGCACUGCCAGAGACCUUGUCACUUGCUUGAUUUGGCUGAAUGACAUGAAGAUGGAUGUGUUCAUAAAGAGUCUUUUGGAUUUUCCUGGAUGUGAGAUACAGCCCAGUGUUUGUUAGCUUUCUCUAGGUGCCAAAACAGUCAAUUCUAGAAUUGCUGAACUUCAGCUACUUGUUGGCUGGAAAUCUUUUUAUAGAGCACUCAGAAAAA